AGAUAGGACUGAUAUAGUGGAUGAGGCAAUCACGUUCUUCCGCGCGAAUGUCUUCUUCACAAACUUUCCUAUCAAAAGUCCUGCUGAUAAGCUCCUUAUUUACCUGACGUUUUACAUAAACGUGGCGUUGAAGAGGCUCGAAGGGUGUAGAACACUGGCUGUAGGAACUAAGGCGAUUAUCAACUUGGGUUUAGAGGAUAUCCCUGUUCCUGGAGAAACCGGGUUUCCAUUUCCAGAUCUUUUCAGGAACUAUCUGAAGCAGGUUCGAGAGGAGACAAGUGGGAGGCUACUGAGCGUGGCGUAUAGAGCUAAUGGGACACCAAACAAAUGGUGGCUUGCAUUCGCCAAGAGGAAAUUUAUCAACGUGGUUCUCCUCUAAAUCUUCAUCACUGCCCAUUACAAAUGAAGGGUUACCAAGCCACCCAGAUCAUGAGCACUGCCUCCUUUGGCUGAAAAUUUUGUAUUAGAGAAGAAAGCUUUCUCUCUGGAUCUCUCUAUAUACAUACAUAUACGUAAGACUGACAGUGUAGUAUUUUCAUACGACUGUUUGGUGAUACAAGAUCAAAGUUACCGAGAAUUCUUUUGUUAUUGCUUUAGAUUAGCAGAGAUCAUGUCCAAAGUAUUCAGUGGCCAUGUUCGUUUACCUAUCGCGCGACCUGCGACAUGCGACCUGCGUUGUUCGUAUUGAUGUCGCGCGACCAGUCGCGGGUUCCAUUUAAGUCGCCCGAAAAAAAACAGCGACUAAAAAUUAAGAAAAUUUUGAUCGGGCGACUGGUCGCAGAUCGCAGGUCGCGCGACACGUAAACGAACAUAGUUUUAGUCGCAGGUCGCAAGUCGCAGGUCGCGCGACACGUAAACGAACAUAAUCUUAGUCGCAGGUCGCGCGACCCGUAAACGAACAUGGCCUAUGUUAUGUAGGGACGCCGUGCAAAAUGUUAGAUUACAACAAACUAGCUAGGGUGUAAAUUGUACUACUAUCAAACAAUUCGGGGAAAACUUUAAAUAGUUUCAAAAUGUUGGGGCGCUACAACUCUUUACGAUGGAGAAAACAACACGUGUACGGUUACGAUUCGUAUUGUGAAAAUAUAUCGACGCUUUAUAAUACAGGACUGGACUAGACCUUGGAACUGAACAGCUUCUAACGAUCGCCUCGUCUCUUGCCCACUGCCAGAUUGAAUCGUCUCUACUGCCGAAGCAAAAACCUUAACUUUCGUCAACACUUGAUUUACUUCGGAUGUUUUUUUUUUUUUGAAUUUUCAAGGUUGGGGAAAAAAGGAAAUUACCGAAACAGGGACUAGAUGGUAAUUUUCACGUGAGCAAGUGAAAAAUGGAAACUAAACAACGGCUAUAUUUGAUGACGAUCGUAGUAGGAUUUGGUUGCAACGAGAGACCAGAUUGUUAUUUAGUGUAAACACAACACAAACAUUCUUCCUCUCACUUUCUCUUCUCUCAUACUCAAUUCUCAAACUCGCUCGCUCUCUCUCUCUCCCCGCUUUUCUUUUCUCUCUCAGAACUUGAUUUUUCUAAUACCUCCGACCACGAUGAAUACUUAUUACAGCGAUCUCACGGAGACGUGGUCAAAUUUCUCUCUUUUGGUGGAUACUGCGGCUUUGCUGUACGAACAAGAACACAUGCCAACAUGUUACACGGAGAAGAAGAAGACCGUAUCUCGAAAAGAAGAAGACGAACAGAGAAUGAAGAGAAUCUUCGAUCUUUUCCGAAGAGAACCAAGAUCAUCGGUAAAGAAACCUCUUCAAAACCCUAACGGUGCUUCUACAUCUUCUUCUUCACAACUCUUCGAUCUUAACAAGAUUCCCUCAGAUACUAAGACGCUCGUCAAUUGCAACACGAUGGUUGAGUCAGAGAAGACAAACCCACAAAACCCUAGUUCCUUAUCGUCUUCCUCCUCGUGCCUAACAGAGAACAACAACACAAGCAGCCGCAAGAGACGUGCCGUGCUAGAAGGAAAGCAGCGCUGUUUCAAGAAAGCAAAGGUGUCACCUUUAUUCACAUGGGAGGGGAAAGACACGCCGGAUUGGAUGAUCCAGUUGAUGAGAAACACGAAAGGAGCCGCAGACCCGAUGCUAAUCUUCGAGAAGACUCUGUUCGAAACCGAUGUCAAACCAAGCCAGAGCCGCCUCUCGAUCCCUUUCCACAAACUCAUCCGAAACGACUUCUUGACACCCGCUGAGUCGCGGAUCAUCGAGGAAGACAUCAGCAACAGAGAAAAGAUGGGUUUGGGGGCGGUUCUUGUCGAUCAAGGCAUCAAGAAGUGGGGCGUGUUUCUCAAGAGAUGGGAGAUGAACGGUUCUUGGAACUACGCUUUGGUUUGUGGGUGGAACGAUGUUGUUAAGGCUAAUGGAUUGAAAGAUGGCGACAGCAUUAGUCUUUGGUCUUUCAGGUGCCGAGGAGUCCUCUGUUUUGCUCUCGUCCCCCUUCCCAUGUGACAGAGUAGCUCUUCUUUUGCUUUCUCUGUGAUAACUUCUUUUAGUUGAGACGAUUCUGUAGGUUUGUGUCUAGUGCCUUCUCCGAAUUGUAAUUAGGAUUUUGGUACAGUUGUGUUUGAUCUUACAACACCUUGUUGGGUUUACCUCAAGUGAUUUUUAGUUGUUGCCUGAUUCUGUACUAUGAUUUGAUGUCUUAAAAGUUUCAGUUUAUUGAUAGUUUUUAUUUAUCUGACAUGAAUCUUGAUGAUGAAACGGAUUUUAACUCAGUUUAGUUGUAUAAACAGCAAGAACAAUAUAAAACCAGCAACAAAAGUAUAUAUAGUCUCUAAAUACAUAGUGAAUCGUCAAACAACCAAGUUUCAGAGUUGAAUUAUGAAUAUAUACAGUCUUCGGCUUCGGCCAAGUCUUGCUUUCUACCAAUUAUUUUCUCUUUGGCUCUUUCUGCUGCAUUGACUCUUUUCAAGAAUGUUUUGGUUGGUUUUCUCAAACUUUCGUUCCUCUUCACGCUUGUUCCUGAUAGGCUCCUUCUUGAUUGUGUCAUUUUUUUUUCUUCUUGUUGCUGAUAGUUGUGCAAACUUUUGUUCCUCUUCACGUUUGAGUUAUGGAAUUGUGCUCUCAUUGGAUCUUGGGGAUACGUUUCUCAUGAUUAUCAUUCAGAAUAAGCUUUCUGGUAAACCCGUCUUUCAGAUAUUGUUUUAUUGUCCGGAGAAGUUGUGCUCCCAUAUCAAUAUUGGGGGGGGAGGUAAUUUAGCAUUCAUUGACUUCUUUCUUCGAGGUGACAUGGAAGUAGUUAAACUCUAUCAAACUGAUAAGCCAAAGAAGAUAUCACAGAAACUUGAGCAAUGUUUGACCGGGAACAUCAAACCGACAAAUAUAGCAAAGCACAGCGCGCAAGAAGUAAAAUCAGGGUAGGAGUAUUGAACGUUGGAGACUGGUUGAGCAUGAAAAUGCACAAAAGCUAUAAGAGAAGCGUUUCUAUCCCAAGUAAAUGUAUUUCUUAUUCGGGUCUCUCUAAUCACCACGAUCUAUUAACACAUGCACACACAGAGGAAUAACCAGCAUGUUAAGAACCCACAAAAGCUUAACACAUAUUAUUAGCAAACCAAUCUGAGGUUUUAAACUAAGUUCUUAAAAAAGAACACAAAGUUUCAAGUACUAAAAGAACAGAUUUCAAAAUAUAACAUUCAUCCCACAAAUGAUUUUUCUGUUAAUUAAAGUCAAUUUUAAGUAUAUUACUAGAUUUUCUAAGCGCGGGUUUUUUUAUUAUAAAAAGUUUUAUAUGAAUUAAUGUUUUGUGAUUGUUAUACGUUAUUAUUUCAGAUUUUAUCUGUACAUAUUUUAUUUAACUUUUUCAUACGCUUCGACAGUUUUUCAGAUCUAAGAAACUAAAUCUGAAACCAACCCGAAAAUACAGGUUCAGUUCGGAUCUGAGUCCUGGGCAAAGUACCUAUUCAAUAUCUUUUUGGACCGGCGAAUCUCUGUUCCAGUUUGGAUCUUAUCCGAGACUCGAUCGGGUACCAAAGUACCUAGAAUGAUUUGUGUAUAUUAGGUAUGUUUGGGUAUUUCAUAUAUGUUUUCGGCAUUAUAGAUACUUUUAAGUUUCCGGUUCGGGUUUUCAGUUAUAGUUUGGGGUUCUGGGUAAAAUUUCAAUUUUAGAAAAAUAUCUUUUGGGUUGGUAAAAUUUUGGUUGUUUUCGGUUCUAUGGAUUAGGUUUACGGGUAAAAUUUUGGAUCUUUUGAGUAUAUGAAUACUUUUCAAGUAUUUUUUUGGAUUUCAGGUAUUUUUGUGUUUCAAGUCUUUUUUGUGUUUUGGGUAUAUACUUCGUGUUUUUUAUGGAUUCUAAUACCCAAACCAAUCCGAACCUGUUAUGUAUUCAAAAAUUAAAUUUAUUUUACAGAUAUUUGAAUUAUGAGUCCGAACUAAUCCGGAACCAAAAAUAAUCAAUCCUAACUUAAAAUAUAAAUUUUAAAAUAUUUAGUUAUGUCAAAUGUUUAGGAUCCGAAGAAUCCAACCCACAGAUUCAAACAUGAACCCUUUGUUUUGAAACAUUUUUUUUCCUUUGAUAUAAUGUAGAAAUAUUAAAGGAUGUUGGUAUAACUAAACUAACAUAUGAAAAAUGUGAUAUAUUUUCAAUCAAAUUUUCAAAAGUCAAGAAUUUAAAUUAAAUGUUUUAAAAUCAAGAUAUUUUGUACAUUCGUGUGAUUCAAAUAAUGUG